GCAGUGGAGCGCUCAGGAUGCCCGCGACCCUCAGCAGCAGGUCGAGGCGACGGGGCCGGGCGGGGAGCGCUACGUCCGCUCCGGGGAACCGCACAGGCUGGUAAGUUCAGACACAGCGUGAGAAAUAGGGAGCUGUGUCCCACAAGGGGAGAAUCUACCUGGGAAAACAGCCAGCCCCGGGAGAUGCUUCAGCCUACUGCAGAUGAACUGGGCAUACAUUUUGAAAUUAGAGCCCACAGAGUUUGAAGGCACCUGUGCUCGGCUGCAGCUGCCCCCAAAGGGCACCUUUCAAGUCCUUCAUGGCGAUGGCACUUCUGUGGGAACUGUGCUCGUUUUCCACUGCCCCUCUGGCCACCAGAUGGUGGGCUCUGGCCUCCUCACCUGUGCCUGGAAGGGGAGUAUCGCCGACUGGUCUUCAGGGAUCCCCACGUGCAAAUCUGUGCCACCACAUGAGGCCUUUGGCUUCAAGGUGGCAGUCAUCGCCUCCAUCGUGAGCUGUGCCAUCAUCCUACUCAUGUCCGUGGCCUUCCUCACCUGCUGCCUCCUCAAGUGCGUGAAGAAGAGUGAGCAGCGGCGCUCCAACAGGACGGCCCAGCUGUGGCACCAGCUGAGAGGAGAGGACCUGGAGACGGUGCAGGCCGCGUACCUCGGCCUCAAGGUCCACAACCAGAACAACAGCAGCAGCAGCGGCAAACCCAGGAGCCAGCCCAGCCAGGCGCACAACAACCGCAGCUUCACCACAGACCUCAGCGAAGGCAUCAGGCAACUGGCUGGCGUGACCCCCAGUGUGGACAAGGAUCCUGGGCCCAGCAGCUCCUCCUGCUCACCCUGCACCCGUGUGGUUGUCCACACAGUGAACCCAGGGAAGGUUCUGCUUUCCUCAGGGCCAGCCUCAAGAAUGCCCACACGGUCCACGAUGUACCUCCCAGGGUGACGUCACCAGCCCGGCACCUGCAACUCCACUUGUCCAGCUGGGGAUCUGCCAGUGGAAGCCGCCUCCAGGUGUAGAGACCCCUCAGGGGUCAAGCUGACAGCAGAAGCUGGGGCCCCUCGCAGGCUAGGGGGCCUAGUGAGGAGCCCUGGGCCCCAAAAGGAGCCCAGCUGUGGUGAUUUUAUAGUAAUGGCGCACUUGAAACAGCGGCUGAGGUUAAUGUAGUACAAUAUCUAACCAGGGUCCUUUAAAGAGACUGAGAAAGAAGUAUUUUAAACAAAUCUAGUUUUGCAUAGUAGAAUAAGAAAAGAGCAAUAAACUUUUCAGCAACUAUAGAUGACCACCUUGGCAUCUUCCUGGGCAGGAUGUGCUGUUUCCAAGCAGGAAUCCAUGGAGGGUCCUGUAUCCAUUAUCUUUGUAAAGCACAAGUGUGGGAAAUAAUUCUAUAACUAAAAAAGAAAAAAGGUGUAUACCACGGUCCCAGUUGUCCAUCCCUACAUAACCACAACGGUGGCCUGAAGCUACAAUUGUUCCCUUCAGUGCUCUGGGCUUGCCAAAGCUCAGUCCCUCCUGUGGUAGCUGGGUCCCUUGCAGAUCUGGGGUUGCUGCUAGCAGUCAACAGAGACCUCAUGGAGUGUUGGCCAGCAAGUCUACCUCCUCCCGGUCACCCAUUGUGGCUGCCUCACAUCACAGUGGCUGCUUUCCAAGGUGGGAGUCAUCGCGAGCAUUAGAGAGGCUGUUUCACCUAUAGGCCUUGGAAGUCCUCCUGUGGCUUCUGCUGUGUCCUGUUCAUCAGGAAUCAUGGUGGCCCCAUAGGCCAGGAUGGGGUGUUAGAUUUCACAGCUAGCAAGUGGGAAAGAAACGAGGGACACACUUUAAGACCAUCAUAGGAGCCUGGCACAGUGGCACAUGCCUGUAAUCCCAGUGACUCGGGAAGCUGAGGUAGGAGGAUCAAAAGUUCAAGGCUGCCCUGGGCAACUUAGCAAGACCCUGUCUCAAAGUUUAAAAGGUUGGCGGUAUAGCUCAGUGUAUAGCACCACUGGGUUCAAUCACCAGUACAAACUUAGAAAAAAGAGCUCAGCAUGGUAGCCACACUGGUAGUGGCAGCUGAGAUAAACCCUGGGUUUGAUCCCUAGCACUGAAAAAAAAAAAAAUCAUCACAAAACUUUAAGUCAGUUACUUACCAAGACAAUUUGAUAGAAGAGGA